AUGGUUCUCCUAUCGCUUUUCCUUGUAAACAAUGCUGAAGGAAAUGAUACAGAAUCCUCCUCCUCCUCCAUUUAUUCAGAAGUGGAGCUAGAAGGGGGUCUUACAGCCGAGUUUUCAUUCUCAUAUACAUCGGCUGAACGAAUGUUGGCCUUGAUGAAGGCCAAUUUUGGCGAAUACCUCGAACGUCUUCCCUUUUUUUUGCAGAAAUAUGAUGGCCCGAUGUCACAAGCUGCCAGGAUGGCUCUCUAUUGGAACAAAAUAGAUGACCUCCAUUCAUAUUAUCAGGAACCCGUGCAUGAUGUAGAUUUUUCUAGAGUCUCCGCGCUCUUCCCUCCGCAAAAACCUCUUUACUCCCAUUAUUCGGUUUUCAUCUCACCAGAGACAUGUGGUAAAUUGGAUCUUUUGGAAUGGGUACAAGCCGGAGGAACCGCUUCGUUUUUGGUAAAUUCGCUGACCCCUUUGCCGCUCGGGAUUCUUUACCGGAGCCCAAACUCUGAAAAAACACCAUUAUCUUCCAAGACCUCGCAUCGCUUGGAAAAAUCUUCCCUUUUGCAUGUUGGGAAGAUUCCCCCUGUGUCCAAAAAACUUUUAAGAGACUUUGAAAAAAAAUUGUCUAUUUUCAGUAAAUGUUAUGCCGUGAUCCUUUCUAAAGCAGACCUGUCCCAGAUCACUGGCACAUUCUUUUCAUUUUCAGAGCUGGAUGCCCCGCUUUUAUCUGGAUUGAGAUUUUCAAACUUAAUCCAACUUUCUCAUUCUUCGAAAGAAAGCGUUUCUUAUUUUCUCCGAGGCGAUAAUGAAUAUGUUCGGUCUUGGCUGCCGAGAGAUUUUUGGCGAUCAAUACGUCCUCAAAAUUCGAAAGAUAACGAGAAAUACUCGGAUUUCGAAAUUGUAAACCAGUGGGUUGGCACCCAUUACUUUGAUCUGGAACAUAGCUUUUUCGCUAAAGGAUUUAGAAUUGAUACGCUCAUUCAGGCACGACGGACAGGGUUUAUUCUUCAUCGAGCAUUAAACGAAUUUGUAUGGGGCGUUGAUAAGUUGCCGAGGUAUCCAGGAAACUAUUCGACCACGUUCAUCACGCUCAUUGAGACAAUAAUGGUGGAGCAGAUUUUUCUCAAAUUUGGCGUCCUGCCUUCGGCAGAGGAGAUCGAGACUAGCCCAGAGCUAGCCUUUAAGAUUCUUUUCCGUAUUUCUGGCGCAGAACAACAUUUUUUCGACCUGCUUGUUGGCGGAAAAACAUUGGCCAACCUGAGAAGAGGCGAUUUGCCGCCUUUGGAGCCAACAGUUAGAAGGAUCUGUGUCGAGCAUCUCACUAUGGUCCCCGGGUGGCCCUACUUACUGGAACGGCUCCAACUUUCUUUGGAUAAUUUUUCGUGGAAAUCGAUUCCUGAAAACUGGUUUUCUACGCUUUCUCAAGAUAAAUUAUACCCCCUCUAUGAUGGCGGAUCUUGGAUGGUUACAAGAGCCCUAAAAACAUUCGUCGAGCCAGCUUGGAUGGCAUUUCAGAGAACUCGCCAUUUUUUCACCUUUAUCACGGUGAAUUCUUUUUCUAUGCUUAAUCCGGUUCAGCAAUUGGACCUGAUACUCCAUCCUGAUGCUAAAGAAAACCUAUACCCCCUUGUGAUUGCCAGCUUAGAAGCCGAUAGAUUCAGACUGCUUUAUGGACAUGCUGCAUCUUUGGGAGUAUUAUCGAGAUUUAAAGAAUUAACGCAAAUGCACCAUCAACACCUAAUUAAAGAACUGGAGAAAGAGCUGGAGGCUUUGAAGCUUCAGCUACAAGGGGUUGAUUUGCUUGACAAGCACGUUAAAGAGAAAAUCUCGAAUUUAGAAUGA